UCAACUAAGUGUUAAGCUCGGGAAAACUAGGUUCUUGGUAUGUUCCGAGAUAUCACCGCGCGUCCCGAGUUAUCCCCGUAGAAGCUAUUUGAGCGAAUCAAGAGCUGAAGGAAUAUAUGGAGACGAUUCAUAACCCUGUCCUUUGAUUCAAACAACAGCAUCGCAAUAAGUCACAGCCCAGCUGUGUACUCCUUGCUCGGUCAGUCUUGCUCGGUCGAUCCUUCUCGAUCAGUCAUCUUAAAGCCUUCACACCCUUAUCCCGGCGAUAAAUAGAAUUCAAAACCGAAGACUUCACGUCGCGUCAACGUUUGAACUGUUAGGUGGUAAAAUUUUGCACGCUCCUUGCAUAAUCACAGUCACACUCAAUCAAUCUCGUCGGAGUCAAUAUGAUCAUCACUCGCGGGUUUUCUCUGACGAAUUUUGUCAUUGCCAGUUCAGCCCUCUGUUUCCAAGUUUGUGUCUUAUAUCCCUGGCAUCACAAACUUGAGGAUGAAUUCAAAAAUUUAAAGAAUGAACAUCUCCGUCUUCUGAAGGAAAACGAAGAGAAUCGGUUAAAAGAAUUAAGGAGUAUCCGGGAACAUUUGGGUAAUUUCUACACUAAAGCUGAGUAGGAAUGUUUUCCUAAGCAAUGUGUAGCUGCUCGCUUGGGCGGCAUAGGAUGAUCACCACUUUAUGAUUUUAGACAUCAUGAAAGACUGUUUACGUUCCUAACAUACUACGUUUGAUGCCCAUUCUUAGAUCUCCUUAGCUAUACAAUACCACAGCUCUUUCUGAUACUUGA